UGUCUUCCCCAACUAUAUAGUUUUUUACUUUGGCAUAGUCUUAUAUUCAAAACACACACACAAAAAAAAAACCUUAUUCCCCACUUCAUGGAUUCAAUUAUUUUCUUUCUUCUUCUUGUUGUUGUUACAACAUCUUUGUUUUCACAAUCACUUGCUAGACCAGCUCGAUCAUCAACUACACAUUAUGCCACUCGAAUCACUGUUGUAGGAGCUGUUUAUUGUGAUACUUGCUCAAAAAAUGCUUUUACUAAACACAGCUUCUUCCUUCCAGGUGUGGAUGUUCAAAUAAGAUGCAAGUUCAAAGUAAACUCGCCCAAAUCAGCAGAACAAGUGAACUUCUUAGCUAACAAAACCACAGACAGAUAUGGAGUGUACAAGUUGGAUAUACCAUCAGUAGAUGGGGUCAACUGCAUGAAUGGUUUGUCAAUGGUGUCAAUGUGCCAAGCAAGUCUCACUGGGACCUCCUCUUCACUAUGUAAUGUGCCUGUUUUAAGGACCUCAUCAGAUGAGAUAUCAAUCAAGUCAGAACAAGAUAAUCUCUGCAUAUACAGCUUGAAUGCACUGAGUUAUAAGCCAUCUAACAGGAACACCACCCUGUGUGGAGUUAGGAGGAAAGAAGACUUGGUAGCUUCUUCUUUGAACUCUUCAAAGUGCUUUCUCCCAUGGCCACCUUUACCUCAAUUCAAAUUCCCUCCAUUACCUUUUCCAACCUUGCCAUGGCCAUGGCCAUUCCAAGAUUCCCCAUCUCUGUUUUCGCCGCCGCCUAUGCCUUCGCCGCCUGCAUUCAGCCUCACAGAUCCCAGAACUUGGAUACCAUUUUUUUCCCCCUCACCUCCAGAUAGACCUCAGAACCAAAACCCUUAGUAUUAUUACCAUCAUCAUUCUCAUUAUUAUUAUUAUUGUUUUUUUCACUUAUUUAUUUUCCAUAUUUGUCUCCAAAAUAACUAUGUUCAACUGUUUAUUAUUAUGCAAGUGACUGUGAGUGCUGGGAUAAUUGUUGAUUGAUGCUUAUAAACAAUUAAACAAACAAUAUAUAAGCAUAUUCCAUUUUGUUA